GCACAGUCUGUGACGUCGGGAAGCUCUGCGUUGCAUACAGGAUAAGCGAUCCGCCCCUUGGAAACUUUCUCUGAUAGCUCUCAGAAUUGCAGCUAUUGCAGUAAGUUUUAAAUGGCGCAUUCUGCUAAAUAGAGACAUAAUCUGUGUGAGACACAGGUUAGCAGGUUUAGGAAAGGUGAACAAAUCCUUUAAGUUUACACAUUUGUGUGAUUACUCAAUUCCUUUCCAUUGAUUGCCCAUGCCAUUCUUGGCUUGGAUAUCUGGUUUUCUCCCCUUGCUAUGGGCUCAGGGCUGCAGCAGCUGGCUCACUAAAGCUUUUUGAUAUAUUUGCAAUCAUGGAGAUCUGAAAGGACAGAAGUUUGAGUGGAGGGUUGUCCCUCCCUCUACAUUCUUCUCUAUAUUGCUGCUGGACUCAUGUCUUGAACAUAAGAACAAGAUUAUAUUGCACAAACAUUUUCUUAUAAACUUGUGGAAGUGGGUUGUAAGGGAUUGCUUUGUAAUAGUAAUAUUUAUUAUUAAUUGUAAUGAAGUGCCAAAUCUAUUUGUAUAGCACAAAAAAACCAUAGGGAUAUCAUGGUAUGAGUUUUCUAUGGUACUUGGGCUCUUUUUUGGAAUUUGCUUCCACUGCAGUGACAUUUGCAAAGAAGAAAUGUCAGAUUGAAAAGAAAUGGAAAGAGUAUGGCCUGAGUGCACUACACGUUGUCGCUCUCUCCAGCAUGCCUUGGAUGUUAUUUCCGUGGUGACUAGAGGAAGUGAACAGCAGAUAAAGAUCUUCCUUUCUUCUUACUGCUGUAAUGCUACUACACUAAAAGAUACCUUUGGGCGGAAUGUUACUCAUAUUGCAGCAUCCUGUGGGAAGAAAAAUGUACUUGAUUGGUUAGUUACAGAAAAAGGUGUUGACUUGUCAGUCAAAGACAAAGAAUCAGGAUGGACAGCACUACACAGAAGCAUUUUCUACGGACAUAUUGAUUGUGCAUUAUCCCUCUUAAAGCAUGGCAGUAACCUUUACAUUCAAGAUAAAGAUGGAUAUACUCCGUUGGAUGUGGUAAUGAAAGACAGACCUCCCCACAUUAUUUUCAAAACUAGCGAUCCUACUGAGGUUUAUACAUGGGGGGACAAUGUAAAUUUCACUUUGGGACAUGGUACUCAACAAAGCAAGCACCACCCUGAGCUAUUGGAAACGUUUCCUCGUUCUGGAGUGUAUAUCAAGCAGGUGGUACUUUGCAAAUUUCACUCAGUCUUCCUGUCUCAGAAAGGACAGGUUUACACAUGUGGACAUGGACAAGGAGGUCGCCUUGGUCAUGGAGAUGAACUUACAUGCUUGGUUCCUAGGCUAGUGGAAGGUCUUAGCACUCAUCCAUGUGCUCAGGUGGCAGCAGCAAAGGAUCAUACAGUAGUGCUAUCUGAAGAUGGAUAUGUUUACACAUUUGGGCUUAAUACAUUUCAUCAACUUGGAAUUCAGCCGCCCCCUCCAAAUUCAAAUGUUCCAAAGCAGGUUCAGGCCAAAACCAUGAAAGGAAAGACUGUGUUAGGGGUCGCUGCUGGAAGGUUUCACACAGUUUUGUGGACUAAAGAUGCUGUAUAUACAGUGGGACUGAAUGGUGGUCAGUUAGGAUACUUACAAGAUCCCAAUGGAGAAAAAUGUGUAAGUUGUCCUCGCCAAGUAUCCGCACUCCAUCACAAAGACAUAAAUAUAACUCUUGUGUCUGCAAGUGAUGGGGCUACAGUUUGUGUCAGUGAAAGGGGAGAUAUUUACCUUCUGUCUGAAUAUCAAUGCAAAAAGCUGGCAUCAAAGCAGUUAAACCUGAAGAAAGUUCUUGUUUCGGGUGGAUUUUUGGAAUAUAAGGCAGCUCCUGAGCAUCUUAAGGACAAUGGGGGCCAACCUGCUUGUGUUCUUGCUCUGGAUCAAGCUGGAAGAGUUUUUUGCUGGAAGUCUCCUGGCAGUUCACUAAAACAGUGCCGCUGGGUUUAUGGUCGCCAAGUAUUUAUGUCCGAUGUUGCUUUAAAUAAGCAUGAAAUCAUGUUUGUAACGCAAGAUGGUGAAGGAUUUACUGGAAAGUGGAUGCUAGAAAAGAAAAAGAAAGAGAAUACAAUUUCCAGUAUAAUGUGCCACUUUGACCCUCAGAAUUUGUUUGAAAGAAUUAACUUGCAGAAGCUUCCCUUUGUCCAUCGGGCUGUUAGUGUUGCUACAGACCCCAGUGGAUGUAACUUUGCUGUGUUACAGUCUGAUCCCAAAACAAGCCUUUUUCAGGUGCCUUCUGUGUCUUCCUCUGUGUUUGCUGAAGAUUUUGAGAAUUUUUUGAAUGAAGUGAAUGAAACAGAUAGUAUUCAUGAUGUCACUUUCCAAGUUGGUACAAAGAUUUUUCCAGUUCAUAAGUACAUUCUCGCCCUUCGAUCUGACUUCUUCGGAAAGCUUUUCUCUUCUGGAGAAAUCAAUUGCCUUGAUUUUCCAGAGGUGCACCAGAAGGGGGAGGAUGCAGCUGGAUGUGAUUUGUUUGUCAUUGAGAAAAUCCCCCCUGAAUUGUUUGAGUAUGUUCUCCAGUUUAUCUAUUUUGACUCUUGCGAUAUGCUGUUACAAGGACAUAAGCCAAAGCUUCGGCAUAAAGAAGAAAAUGAAGAUACAAUUCUCCCUACCUUCCAGAAAAUGGGUUUUCAUGAAGAAAUUAAGGGCAAGUCUGCCUAUGAAGUCUAUAAAAACAGCAGAAUCAGUGCUGAAAACGAGAAGCAGAAAGGAAAGACAAAGCAAUCCAAAAAGACCAAAUCUAUUUGUGAUGAAACAAGCCCUGUAAAAUUGCUGCAAAAUACUGCCAAGAAGUUUGGAUUGACUAACCUAAUAUCAAGACUGGAUGGGGUCAGAUAUGAAAAUGGAAGAAUUAAUGUUUUUCAAAAGAAAAGUGGAGACAAACUCAGAUUCAACCAAGAGAAAUGCUCUUCCCUUUAUGACGUUAUGAUGAAAUCAGAAGACGGUAAAGAAUUCCAUUGCCAUAAAUGUGUUCUUUGCGCAAGAUUAGAAUAUUUUAAUAGCAUGCUAAGCAGUUCCUGGAUUGAGGCAACUUGUUGUAGUAAGCUGCAAAUGCCCAUCCAUUCAGAUGUCUUACAAGUUAUUCUUGAUUACAUUUAUACAGAUGAAGCCCUUGCUGUAAAAGAGUCUGCCAAUGUAGAAUUUAUUUGUAAUGUCCUUGUGAUGGCAGAUCAGCUUCUUAUUGUACGAUUAAAAGAAAUAUGUGAAGUGACAAUAGCUGAAAGAAUUACACUGAAGAAUGCAGCCGAACUCCUGGAAAUUGCAGCCUUGUACAAUGCUGACCAGCUGAAGCUUUCUUGCUUGCAGUUUAUAGUGCUAAACAUGGGAGCUUUACUAGAAGCAAGGUCUUUGGAUGUUUUGAGUGAUGAUGUGUUGAAAGAUCUCUCAGAAGCAUAUAGAAAAAUGAUUCCACCCAUGAACAAGAGAAUAAUCACACCAUAUCUGGAUGGGCCAGAUGUUAGUAUCUUACAGUCUGAAGAUAUUAAAAGCCUUGUCUCUGUUCAGGAUGAUAUUUAUUCUUACCAAAACACUCAGGAAGCUGCAUUUAAAAAAUCUAAGGCAAAAGCCAAAAAGAAGCCAAGAAAACGUUUGGAUAGCUCUGGAGGAUACAAUCUUUCUGACAUCAUUCACAGUUCACCUUCGACAGGCUUUGUGAAGCCAGAAAAAACAAAUUCAGUGGAGUCUCUUCAAGAUUUGCUGACCUCUGAUUCUGAAGGAAGUUUUGUUGGAGCAAGCAGCCCAAGGGAUUUGCAGUCCCCAGACUUCUUCCCUACCUUCACUCCUGAGGCAAAAGAGACAAUUUGUGUUGAAAUAAACGGUUCCUCCCCGCCUGUAACAAACAGAGCAGCAAGCAAAAAGAAGCCCAAACCUACACCUUCAUCUCCAGAAGUUAUCCCAAGUUCUAGAAUUACUCCAUCAAGCUCACCAAACUGGGUCGCCAUGCCCUUCAGCCCUUCCAGUCCUGUAGCAGUGGAUCUCAGGGCCAUCAUGGAACUAGAAGAAAACAAACAGAAGUGUGGAGCAAUGCCAAAGCUUAAUUCUGGGGGACCUAAACCUGUCGCUCAUGGCAUGAAGCUGUCUCAGAAGCAGAGGAAAAUGAUGGCAAUGUCCUCUAAGGAAAGCAAUAAUGACAAUAAACCAGCUAUAAUAACUGCGACAGCCUCUAUCAAAAGCCCUGCCAAAACAUGGGCAGCAGCUUUUCAUUUUGGAGAAUGUAAGUCUUUCCGAGAACUUUUGCUUGAAGAAAACCAAUCUGUCAUCUCAUUUCCUUCCUUGGGUAGUGAUGUCAAAAAGACCAAGCAUACAGAGGAAUUAGAUCCUCCAGAGCCGGCAAGGCUCUCUGGAUCCAUAAGCCAUGAAGCAAAAUUGAAAUGUGAUGUGCCAAAUCAAGACAGCUCAAAUCCUUGGCAUUUGACAUUGAGCAAAAAUACCUCCUCAUCCGCCCCUGUGACUUUUACUGCCAUUGUAGAGGAAGAGGAGAAACAAGAAGCUGCUCUCAUCAGAAGUCGAGAAAAGCCACUGGCAUUAAUUCAGAUAGAAGAACGAGCAAUCCAAGAUUUGUUAAUACACUACCAGGCAUUAGACAACCCUGAAGAAUACAUUACUGUUGAGAGGGCCGCACAGACACCUAUGGCAACACCAAUGUGGAACAAACAUUAAUCUGAAUAAUUGUGAACAGUGUUCUUGGUGCAGUGAGCAUGAGUUUUUGAUUAUCUAAAAUAGAAAAUAAUUUGUUUUAUUUUGUUUAUUCAUUUCCUAACAAGUGUUUGCAAUAACAAUGUUAAGUUCAAAGAGGCAAAAACGUUAUAUACACCAUAUAAAUUUAAAGAAACUCAAGUUUGUACUUUUUUUUUUUUUUUGGUUGUUUUGGUACAAUUGAGCAAGUUCCCAGUCUCUAACUUGGCUUAAUAUGAUUUAGUAUCUGCCAAAUUUAUACGUAUUUGAUAUUUAAAAUGUGAUUACCGUGUUUAUUAAUAAUAAUAAUAGUAACCUAUACUGCAAAUAAAAGUGUGGCUUUAGCACUUAA